AUGUAUUACCUCGGAUCGAACAAGAACGAGACGUCAGAUUCGCAGAGGCUGAAGGAGUUGAAGUAUGCCGUCAUUCUUCCGACAUUUAGUGGACACAUGCCGCUGGCGAUGGAGUUCCUGCAGUCUUAUAUGUGCCUUUGUACAGAUCAGUCGAAAAUCGAUUUCCACGUCGUCGUGUCAGACUCGAACGAGGUUGUAAUGUUUCAAGAUGCAAUGAAGAAGUUGAAGUCCUGUGGGCCAACCUACAGUAUUUUCCCGACGCCAGUGAUGAACAUUCACGGGCCGAAACCGAAAAUCAACAUCAUCAACAUGUUCGACAUUCUGCCCCCUGUAUUUCAUUCCAUGACGACCGGGAAAAUCACGGGCGAUGAUACGUCGGCACUUCUUAAAGAACGUGGAAAGUACCAAUAUCAGACAAUCAAAAAGAUGUCAGCAGCGCUGGAGCUUGAGUAUGACUACGCGCUCUGGCUGGACUCUGAGGCUAUUGCAGUGCAGCCGUUCAGCAUGCGUCAAACCUUUGAUGCUUAUGUCAAGGCACCCACAAUCUGGAGGUCAAGAAUGACCAACGACGAUUUCAUGCGGAGACUUAUCGGCGCCGCUGCAAACGUUCUAGAUCGAUCUAUGGACUCAUUCGGACCCGCCUUUUGGAACCUGGAGAGUGUGGAAUGGAUUUUUGAGAAGGAUAUGAUCAAGGAUCUGGUUCAGUAUGUUGAGAAGGUUCACAAGCAAGACUUCUGGACUGCGUGGGUUACGCAUGGCGGACCGUUCGAGGUGAACCUUCUCAACAUGCAUAUCCAAGCACGAAAGCUGGAGACGACGAACCCCCUGUUCACCAAAUACCGAAUCAUCGAGACUGAGCGAGAGAUGCAGAAGUACGGCAUGGGUAAGUCAUCGAUCUCAAUUGUGUUUCAGCCAGCUAUCAUCUAUGACUGA